AAAACAAAGGUAAAAGAAAAUAAAAAUGGCAAAAGAAUACUGAGAAACAAAAAGAAGGAAUACAUUUCUUCUUCGUUGACACUGAAAAUUCAGAUAGUAUAGUUUGAGUUUACAAUUAAUUCAGUCAAAGAAAUUUGUUAGGUGAAAGAAGCUUUUUCUCCAGAUCUCACAGGUGGAGAGCUAUGGAAUAUCUGGGGAUUGAUCUUAGCUGCGCCGUGGGAUCGCUCCGCCAUGGCCACUUCCCGGAGAAGGAUUGUUUGCUCCCUCUCAUUUCCAAACUCCUCGGUUACGCCAUCGUCGCCGCCUCCACAACCGUCAAGCUCCCCCAGAUUAUGAAAAUUCUGAAGCAUAAGAGUGUGAGAGGCCUUAGCAUGAUCUCCUUUGAGCUCGAAGUUAUCGGAUACACCAUCGCGUUGGCUUACUGUCUCCACAAAGGCCUUUCGUUCUCGGCUUACGGAGAGUUGCUGUUUCUUUUGAUCCAAGCUAUAAUAUUGGUUGCUGUAAUCUACUAUUACUCUCGACCUUUGAGUACAAUAACAUGCAUCCGGGCAUUGCUAUAUUGUGCUGUAGCACCCACUAUCUUUGCUGGUCAAAUCGAUCCUUUCCUCUUUGAAGCUCUGUAUGCAUCCCAGCAUGCAAUUUUUCUCUUUGCCAGGAUCCCACAAAUAUGGCAGAACUUUUCUAAUAAAAGUACUGGCGAACUCAGCUUCAUAACUUCUUUUAUGAAUUUUGCUGGUUCAAUGGUUAGAGUAUUCACAACUAUCCAAGAAAAUGCACCGAACAGUGUUCUCUUGGCUAUGCAAUUGGUGUCGCAACAAAUUUUACCAUCCUAAGUCAGAUAAUAUUAUACCGAAAACCCCAGGUCGAAAAGGAGAAGAAAACCAAGUAAUAGAACCGUAUCGAGUUGUGUAUAUCUCUUCACGAUUCAUGGGCAACGCUAGGUGCCACUGGAUCGUAUCCACCAUUAUAAUUUUGUCGCACUCUUAAGUAUCAAACGUCUUAUUUCAAGUUUCUAGUGCUGAUAGGUGGACCAUAUAAAGGUAACCAUUAGUUCCAAAAGUAACAGCUGAUUAUUAUCUUUUAUUUUGGAUCCUGAGACAAUCUUGUUUAAUUAUUUUAUCGUUGUUUAUCAAAGCUAAAAUUUAAAGGAGGAUAGUCCAGGUUCUUUGUAAGGAACUUUUAUCAUGAUUUGUUAGCCUUACUUCUACUCUUCUAUAA